AUAAAUGGAACAAAAGUAUUAAAAAUAUAAAAUAUUAUAUUAAAAAAUAUAUAUGAAAUAUUUAACAAUACAAGUGUAUACAUAUAUAUUGAAAUUGUUAAAGCAUCUCAAAUUUUGAAAACCUCUUAAAAACGGAUUAUUGCACAAGAAUUUUGCGAAACCCCAUCACAUCAAGAGUACCGAUUGAACAUUGCAACAACAAAAGCAUUUUCAACAUCAAGAACUGGAAAAAAGAUUAUAAAUUUCCCUUGAAUUUUUGCAGAAAAAUUUCUCAGAGAGAAAAAAAAAUACAAAAAUUUUACAUAACAAGUGGAUGGAUAUAAUAUUGGAACGUUGACAGGAAAUCCCACACUUGACAUUCAAUACCCCAUACCACAAUAAUGUCAAGUGGUUGUUGAUUAUAAAUCUUUGUUUGGAAAGCAACAACACACCACACAACCGAAAACCGAAAAAUAUUUUAUCCUUUUUUUUGUUCGAAUAACGAAAUCCUGUUGCUGUACCACACAGCAACUCCUUCAAACUGGCUAACAUGGCAAUGCAUCACAACGCCAUGUUAACGAGCGGAGCGCCAAAAUUUCAAUCGCGACCCUCAUCGCCACCCUUCAGCGGAUUUACACCGCCCACAGAUUAUCCCCACAGCCAGGAUCAGGUAGCUCCAGUACAUUUACAUCAUCAACAGCAGCAACAGCAACAACAACAACAUCACCACCAACAACAGCAGCAAGCGAUGCAACAGCAGGCCAUGCAUCAACAGCAUCAAUUGCAACAACAAAUGGCUGCUAAUCAUUUUCACUCAAUGGCUGGUCGGCAUUCGGGUCGAAAUAUGAACGCCACAGCGAGCAUGAAAAAACGUUCGGCAUCCUCAUCCCGCGGUCAACAUAUGGUCAAUUCUAAUACCAUGACAAGUGGUAUGAUAUCAGCGGUGGGUGCGGGCAGUCUGGGCCAUCAUCGUGGUGAUUUGAUAUUUCCCGAUGAAUCGGACACCAUUGAAUUUUGUAUGCCACCGCAGCCGGGCUCAUCGAAUGGCAUUGGUCAUGGCAUUAGUAGUGAACUGCUGUUGACACACGGGAAGAAUGGCCUGUGUACUGGCGAGGCGUUUGCGGAACGCCGAAGGAGGGGUCACAGCCGGCGCAGCAAUCACAAAAUGGAUGUUGAACAUCAGGUCAAAUGGUCUCGCAACAAUAUAGCCGCUACAAUGGAACGUUUCGAACCAACACAACAUCAUUCGUCCUCCUCCACAUCAUCGUUGGAAUAUGGUUUUGCCGCCAGUGUUGUAACACCAUCGUCGACGCCAUCUCACCACUCGCAACAUCAAAUUUCACCCGCUCCCUCACAAACAUUUCAAGGUGCCACUGCCGCUACGUCCCAGACGGCACCAUAUAAUCACGUCUAUUCGUACGCUUAUUACGAACCCGGUGCUAUUAAGUGUCACACGAAUAUACCACAAAAAGAGGAACCGAUUGCCGGUGCUGCUGCCAUUAUGCCAGCUCCGCUGGCACAGGCAGCUGGUGGUGCAGCGGCGGCGGCGGCUGGUGUCAGUGCUUCUGGCAUUGGCGCUGCUGGUGCUGCUGGACCUUCAAAAAGCCCUACCCGCAAUUCAAUACGUGCCCUCUUGGCGCGAAGUUUUCGUUCGAAACCCAAAAAUCCUCCCUCAACUUCAUCGUCGCCCAGUGGAGCCGAAGAACGUCACAACUACACAACACGCUAUGGCACAACGGAAAAUCUCUACGAGGAAGUCAAUGAUCAGAAAAUACGCAAAGUCCUUUCCGAUAAUCGCAUUGUCAAGUCGAAUGUCAUUGAAGAGAUACGUCGGGUACAGCACAAUCAUUUUCGGGUUUUGGAUGAGCUAAAUCUAUCGUUGGAGGCAUUGAUAAUGCCCGAAACCCCACCCGAUGUCAGUCCAAAUGUUGAAGUACCCGAAGCUAGUGCGGUCAGUGCGAAUACUGCCGCCGUUUUGGCAACACCCACAGCAACAGCCCAAAAGCCGCGCCGGGGUGGUCUACUGGGUGGUGCCGCAUCCACCUCAUCGUCCACAGUGUCUUCUUCGCAGCCGCGUACCUUGUCACACGCCAGCCUAGAAAAUCUUUCCUCGACUUUUAACUCAAUCGAACUGAAAGAUCAUGCCCAUCUGUCGUGUAUAAAUCCCGAAUUCGACGAAGGCGAUCUGGACAGCGGCUUCAGCGGUAGUGGCAGCAGUAGCGGUGCCAGUUACAAUGAAAGUCUGCGUUACUACAAGUCCGGCCAUACACCCAAUCACCAUCCCCAUCACACCAUGCAUCACCAUCAGGUGCAGCUGCACCAUCAGCAUCAGGCGCAGAUGCAACAACAACAGCAGCAGCAGGCCCAACAGCAACAUCCCACCACUUUACCCCACAACAUGCGUAGCUGUCGAUCGUCAACGGCAUCCGGUUCGUCGACUUCCAAAAGUAGCACAUCCGAGGAUCAGGGCAUUGCAAUGAUGACCUCAUUGGGUAGCUGUGGAACAGCUGUCACCUCGCCAGCAUCGCCCUUCCACUAUAAUCGCUGCUGUGCCGACAUUCAGAGGGCAUCGGGCCGUUCCGCUUCUGAUUCCUCAGCGACGGGUGCUAAACCAAAAAAGAACUUUUGGAAAAUAAAACCGUGAUGCUAUAAAAGGGCUUUACGUAGACUCUGUAAACGUUGGAGUAUAGUGGUGGUAAGUUAAAUUAGCUGCACCAACGCCAUACCACCCCACCCAGCCCCAUACUCCCAAGAAAAGAAAAACAAAAAAACACUCACAGCCACAACUACACAUACAGUUUCGCUUUCUAUCUAUCUCUCUACUCGCUCUAUUAUCUCUGUCUAUCUAUCUACCUAUCUAUUCUCUUUCGUAUUUCGUAUAUUAUUAUUAAUGUAAUUUAAUUUUAAGGCAUCUACAACAACAAAAAAAGUGAUGUAUUUGUAAAAACAAAACAAAAACCAGAAAACUGAAAUCGAAUUACAAGAAAUUAAGAAAAACCCUGAAAACCUUAGAAACGCUAUUAAAAAACGAAGUAAAACCCUAAAAACGAAACCUAUUAAACUAUGAAUUAAAUGCAUUUUUAGUUAAACUAAGCAUUCUUGUAUUUGUUAAUUUAAAAACAAACAAACGAAAAAUAAGAAACAGAAAACAAAACAAAAAAACAAAUGUGAAUAAUAAAUUUAUUAAAAUUUUGAGUUAAACAAAA